AUGGAGGAGAAAAGUGGGCUCAACUGUUCUAAGCGGCUUCAAAAUGAAUCCUGGCGGAGCCCUGCAGGGAGGCUCAGGCCACGGGUGGAUACUCAGUGGCUCCAGGAGCCCUGCGCGAUCCAGCUUGGGGAGGCGGGGAAGCUGCCCGAGCGCGACCGCAGCUGCAAUCACCCUGCAAGCCGCCAGCCGGAGGCACGGUCCCUAGGCCCUAGAGCCCGGGAAGGCCCCCGGGGACUCGGCACUGCUGGCGAGAGCUGCGAGGCCCGCCCCUGCCAGGCGCGGAGGGCGCGGAGGUGA